AUCCAUAAUACUUUAAGAACAAAAAUUUUUGAUUCUUUAAAUAUAUCGUCACUUCAAUCAUGAAGGUCUGCUUUGUUUUUGUGUUCGGUGCUACAUUCUUGAUCAUGGCCAAUGCUGCCAAAAUAAAUUAUCGAAAACUAAACGAAGAAUGUAUACAACCAAAUGCUCUUGAACCCAUUUCCCUUUGCAUGACCGUCAAACUGGGUCUACAGAAAGAAAACGGAGACAUUGACAAGGAGGCCUUGAGGACAAAUCUCGGGAAAAAUACUGAAUUGACCGCUGAUCAUAUUAACGAAAUUGUGAAUGAAUGUGGAGACAGACAUGGUGGUACAGCUGGUGAAGCUGCAAAUGCUCUGAGCCAGUGCAUUCGCAAUAAAGUUGGAGCUAGAAUUUCACGACAAUAAUUUUUCACGUUUCUCGAAUGGAUUAAAAAAUUAAAAUAAUGCAAAAUUGUCUGGUCAAUUUUCUUCCUUAGUUGUGAACUAUCACUAAUGGAACAUCCUACAGUACUCGAGAAAUAUUGGGUAGUAAACGGAAAAAUUUGUUGCUUCCUACUUCUCCAUUAUUAUCCAUGAUAAUAAUUAAACAAUCUGU